AUGUGGGUCCUUGCCCUAUGCCACCACAGGAUAGCCUACUUCACGCUCGGGGUGGUCGUAGCGGACACCCUUCUCACUUUAGGCGCAUCGCUCGUGCUUUUCGGCAAACUGAGGAAGACAAAAGAUGUGUUCGACAUGUCACUUGAAAUUCAAAAAGUGGGCAUCUUUGCGAUGGCAGCGCUUGAGUGCUACCAUGCGGUGAAAGAUCUGUCUACCGUGGGACCAUCGCAAGCUCGUAGCAACAUUCAACCUGUGCGGGCCGCAUUACUGAGGGGGCCGGCAAAGGAAACUGUGGGCUUCAUCUCUCUACUCUUCCCGUACAUCCCGUGGACGAAGCACGGGAGCCGCAAAGUUGCAGUCGAGGCCAGUUACACCUUGCGGUCCCAGGCCGCCAGCUCUGCGGGUGGAACCGUGCUGGAUCUGAUCAUCCAAUUCCCACCAUUAUUCCAGGCAUGUUUAUCACCCGUAUCCGACUGCGCCUUCGUCGAGUCGCUCAUGUUUCUGGUGGACGCGGACGAGUUCAACUGUUCUCUUCAUGCCGUAUCAAAAUUUACUUCUGCUGGCGCCGAUCCUUCGCCUGCUGCAAUGGGUGUCGUCGAGUGCGAGGAAAAUCUCAAUUUCGAGCAGUUCGCGGCGAUUGUAGACAAAUACAUUCGGGAGGGUUCUCCGUUCGAAGUUAACAUCGAGAGCAAAAUCAGAGACGAGAUUCUCAGGGAGGUGGACCGUGCAAGCUUCAGACGCCUCACUCUGGAUGAAAAAGUUCACCUUCUGGACAAAGCGACGAAACAAGUCAGCAACAUGUUAAGGGAAAAUCUCUAUCUCAAGUUUAGAGAAACAGAGCAGUUCAAGCAAAUUCAAGAACAACUCUUCUCGGUGGAACAAGCAGCUCGAAGGAGCGUGGUGUGA